CGUACAAGUACCCAUUCUGACGGGGUUAUUACUUCUACAUCAUGUUUACAAUUGAUCGUAAGUUAAAUAUUCACUGGAAUUUGUGGACUUCAUCAAUCAUCGUUUUGUCAGUUUUACGGGUGGCUAAUGCACACAUCAUACAUGUCGAUCAUAAUGCUUUUCGCCACAACAAUUUUCAUCAACCGCUACCACUGCCCCCAGCAGAGCAACUACCAAGCCAUCUGGACUCCGUAAAUCUGUCACCAGCGAAUCUUAUGGCUGAUCUUAGCAACGCUUUGGCCUAUCGCAUCCUUCAUUAUCAUUCGAUACUCAACAGGAAUAAUUUUGCAUUUUCUCCCACGGCACUGAUGAGUGUGCUUAUAGCAUUGUACGAGGGUUCAGCAGGACGAAGUGGUUUGGAAAUGCGUAACGUACUGUUACUUCCAAAUAGUCGUGACGUCAUACGCAUAGGCUAUCGCGAUAUACAUCGCAAAUUGCGGCUGCUUUAG